ACUUCAGGACAGCAGUGAUGACAUUGAAGAUGUGUCUCUAUUUGAUGCAGAUGAUGAUUUAUCCAGGAGAUCAAAGAAGUCAAAAAUAAGGCACCCAGUGGCAUCAUUUUUCCACCUGUUCUUCCGAGUCAGUGCGAUAGUUGUCUAUCUGCUCUGUGAGCUCUUAACCAGCAGCUUUAUUGCCUGCAUGGUGACCAUUAUCCUCCUCUUGUCCUGUGACUUUUGGGCUGUAAAGAAUGUCACAGGGAGACUCAUGGUUGGCCUUCGCUGGUGGAACCAGGUGGAUGAUGAUGGGAGGAGUCACUGGGUGUUUGAAGCCAGGAAGGUGUCAGCACAAGGAAGUAAAACCUCAUCUGAAGCAGAGUCCCGAAUUUUCUGGCUAGGCCUCAUUACCUGUCCUAUGAUCUGGGUGAUAUUUGCCUUCAGUGCUCUCUUCUCUUUCAAAGUGAAGUGGUUGGCAGUGGUGGUGAUGGGGGUGGUGCUUCAGGGAGCCAACCUGUAUGGCUACAUCAGGUGUAAAGUUGGCAGUAGAAAGAACCUGACAAGCAUGGCCACCAACUACCUUGGAAAGCAGUUCCUGCGCCAGACUGUGGCUACAGAGGACCAAACAGCAUCUUGAGUGUGGUGGCAGCCUCAGGCCAGAUUGGAUUCACAGCAGUGAACAACAGAGAUAGUUGCUCUGACCAUGAAUUUUGGGAGCUGCACACUAGGUGUGAAUCAAGAGUAAAUAAACUGGGCAAGACUUGAGAUUGACACUCCUGACAACUUCGAUUCAAUUUUCCACUAGCAGUUUGUGUUUAGGUCCUUUC